AUGUCAGGGGGUAUCAAGAGGGAUCACAAUGGCAAUACCCGCUCCAAGGACAACUCCGCCCAGGAUGCUCCCCGCGGUCGGUUCCACGACAUGUUUGAAGACUUUCGCGAUGAGCUAGACGAGCACUACGAUCGACGUGAGAGGAUCAUCAAGGCGUCAAGGGAUAUAACUGCUCUCAGCAAGAAGAUAGUCAAGAAACUCAACCAAGACUUCCCUCCCAGCAUCCAGAGAGAAGUAGACAGCCGCCUGUCAGAGAUCUCCAAGCUCAUCGCCUCCAUCGGCCCGGACCUCCAGUCCAUCAAGCGGUACCGCUACGGCCACAACCUCCGCGGGCUGGAGGAGCUCGUCGAGGCCCUCUCGUUCGCCCACUACCUCCGCCACCAGACCAUCAUCACCCCCGCCGAGGCCCAGGCGGCCAUCCCGGCCGACGUCCUGGUGGCCCCCCACGACUACCUGUACGGCGUGUUCGACCUGUUUGGCGAGAUGAUGCGCUUCGCCACCGUCACCACCGCGCAGACGGGGCGGCUUGCCGGGGGGGGGCGGGAAGGUGAGGGGUCCGGCAGCGGCGGCCGGAACAUUCUGGCUGAUAUCCACGAGCUCGGAUGCGCGUACGAGAUGCUGCCAGAGGUCCCUACCAAGGAUUACGGCUUCAAGAUGGAGGCCAUGAGGCAGAGCAUUGCCAAGGUGGAGAAGCUGGGAUACGGGCUUGUCGUGAGGGGGAGCGAGAGGCCAAAGGGGUGGUUGCCUGAUCUGAAGGAUGAUGUUUAA